AUGGCCAAUCCACGCUACAAUCGCCUGCAACUGCAACCUCAAUUUUGUUUCGAUUCUCUCUUUUCUCCUUCCCAGCGUCAAACUUGAGCCGCAACCUGUUAACUUACUAUGGGUAACAGUAACAGUAACAUGAACAACAACAAAGAGCAUAACACAGAGGAAAGCACUGAUCUGGGUGAAGUGUUGCGAAAUGGAAGAGAAAUCCUUUUGCAGGGUUUCAACUGGGAGUCUCACAAAUAUGACUGGUGGAGAAACUUGGAAAAGAAGGUUCCUGACAUUGCAAAAUCUGGGUUUACAUCUGUAUGGUUGCCACCACCAACUAAUUCCUUUUCACCAGAAGGGUAUCUUCCCCAAAACCUUUAUUCACUCAAUUCUGCAUACGGGUCUGAGCAGCUGUUGAAGACUUUACUCCAGAAGCUCAGGCAGUACAAAGUUAGAGCAAUGGCCGACGUAGUAAUCAAUCAUCGUAUCGGAACUACUAAAGGACAUGGAGGAAUGUAUAACCGUUACGACGGAAUUCCACUCGCGUGGAAUGAACAUGCUGUCACAUCGUGUACUGGUGGAUUGGGUAACAGAAGCACAGGAGACAACUUCAAUGGGGUUCCGAAUAUUGAUCACAGCCAACAUUUCGUUCGUAAGGACAUCAUAGGGUGGCUAAAGUGGUUACGCAGUGUCGGUUUUCAAGAUUUUCGCUUCGAUUUUGCAAGGGGUUACUCAGCAAAAUAUGUCAAAGAAUAUAUUGAAGAAGCUAAGCCUAUAUUUUCUGUUGGGGAAUAUUGGGAUUCCUGCAACUAUAAUGGAUAUGAAUUAGACUAUAACCAAGAUAGCCAUAGACAAAGGAUCAUUAAUUGGCUUGAUGCCACGGGACAGAUUUCAACGGCAUUUGACUUCACAACCAAGGGGAUUCUUCAGGAGGCUGUAAAGGGGCAGUUCUGGCGUCUGCGUGACCCUCAAGGGAAGCCACCGGGUGUAAUGGGGUGGUGGCCCUCAAGGGCUGUCACAUUUAUUGAUAACCACGACACCGGCUCAACACAGGCUCAUUGGCCUUUCCCCUCAAAUCAUAUUAUGGAGGGUUAUGCAUACAUACUUACACAUCCAGGAAUACCAACAGUUUUCUAUGAUCACUUUUACGAUUGGGGUGAUCCCAUUCAUGAGCAGAUUUCUAAAUUGAUGAACAUUCGAAGGAGUCAAGAUAUCCACAGCCGUUCAUCUGUCAGGAUCCUGGAGUCCCAAAACAACCUGUACUCUGCAAUGAUCGGAGACAAAGUAUGCAUGAAAAUUGGGGAUGGUUCAUGGUGUCCAACUAGCAGAGAGUGGACACUAGCAACCAGCGGACACCGAUAUGCAGUGUGGCAAAAGCAAUGAUUCCUCAUCCUUCUUUCCUUUCAUUUCUAAUCCCACUCAGGCAUGAUGCCUACUCCUUACAUUUUACAAUAUUAAAAUAAAGCCAUCCCAUCUCCAAAUUUGCUUUGGAAAGUAUUACGUCUCAGGAAUUAACUACAUUUAC